UAGCAUUCAGAAAACACAUUGCAAUGGAAAAACAAACCCUCCUUUGUUUAACAGAUACAAGCAGCUCAGACAGUCCAAUUCAUCCAGAUAUAGACAAGAAAAUGAAGGCCAUAGUGACCCUUUUGGACGAAGAUGAGCAUUACCAAAACAGAAAACUAGAAAUCAAAUACAUGCUUGAAGAGUACAACAGAUCUUACCAUUCCUUGGCUGAAAAAUAUGACUGUUUAAAGUUCAUAUUUGUAAACACUGUCUACUCCGCGUCGUCUUCAUCUUCCAACGCCGAGAUAUUUCGAUGCAAUAUCAAACAUCCAGAUAUUCAAUCCGCUGAUGUCGAUCUCCGCCUCAAUGACAUCUUCGACAAGGAGUUCCUGAUCAAGAUAAGAGAAGAAGUAAGCAACAAUAAAACAUACGGAAGAAUCACGGCGUGUCCCGAGAUCGAUAGCGCUGAAAAAAGGAUGAACAAGUUUGAAACACGAAAGGUUAGAGAUUUAAAUCCAUCGGUGGCUAUUGCUAAGUGGGAGAGUAGAUGUAAUGAACUAAACUCACAAGUGACAAUGCUCAUGGAGGAAAACCUGCAGAAUCAAGAGGAGUUAGCUAGGAGAAACAAUCAGAAGAGAGCAGCCAUUAAAGAGCUUCAGCAACAGAUACAUUGCCUAAAGAGUGAGAAGAGAGCCCUCCAGAGUUCCCUUAGAUUCACCAAAGAAAAGUUUAAGCCAUAUCGCUCUCCGAUAUCGCGAUUGGCUGAAACGAUUUCGAACAAAUUUCGGCGGCGAGGUUGUUCUUGACAUACGUCCAUAUUCGAUCCGAACAUACUCGAUACCGUGAUCUGUAAUUGAAAUUUAUACUCAAGCUGGCUCUUUUCUGAUGU